AGUGCAUGCACCGCGGGUUGGCCCCAAUUCCAAUGACGUCGCGCUAACAGCAUCAAUGCAUGAACGCGGCAGCCUGAGCCUGGGAAACUUGGAAAGCUGCAAACCGGGCAUGUGAAUGCCAACUACCAACCGCGCUCAACCGGCCAACCAUGCAUGUAGGUUAAAUGGGAAAGCUCGAGCUUGCCUGUUCAUUCUCUUCCGACUAGCUGUAUCGAUCUUCACGCGCAAGGCAGACAAAGGUUCUGGCACUCCUGCUUCAACUCAUAUAUGCAUCCGUCGAUACCAGCAUUGUAACGCGUUCAAUUUUUCGAUCUUUUUCCAAUCCAUCUAUUCCUAACCGUCUCAGCUUUCUCUCCUUUUCGCCUAUUCAAUUCACACCUCAGCAUCAACUCUCAGCAACAUGGCCGAGCCACGGGAAAGACCCCUCCACGAACUCCUCUCCCGCGAUAUGGUAGACAUCUACGUCGGCCCCGAAAACACACACUGGGUCCUGCACGAAAAACUCCUCUGCCACCGCUCCAAACACUUCCGCGACAUCUUCUACGCCAAAAAGAAGAAAUCCACGUCCAACACCGCCAACGCCAACACCAAAGUCUACGGCCUCCCCGACGAAGAAGACGAGCCCUUCAACCUCUUCGUCGCAUGGUUGUACGCCAACACCUUGCCGACCCCGAAAGAAGAAAAGGAACUCGCGCCGCUGCUGGAUCUGUACCUCAUGGCGGAGAAGUGGGGCGUGAAAGCGCUCGUCGUGCAGGUGCUCGAGACGGUGCGCGCGUGGUACUACGAAAGCGAUACCUGGCCCGGCUUGCGGAGAGUGCAAUACAUCUACGCCAAUACUGAGGCGGGGAGUCCGAUGCGGCAACUCCUCGUGUCGUGCGUGGCGCGCAUGCUGGUCGUCGGGAAUGGCAGUCAUGCUGGUGGUGCUGGUGCAGGAGGUGGGGGUGGGAUCGGCAUGCCGCCGCAUUGGGAAAAGGCGUUGCGCAAGAAUGGCGAGAUGGCUGUUGAUAUUAUUGUUUGUGUGCAGGGGUGGAGGCUGGAGGGGGACAAAGUGCCGGAUUCGCGGCAUGGGAGUAUGCAGGAGUUGGUGGAGGGGGCGGAGGAGCGGAGGGAGAUGGUGGCGGAGGAGAGGGGGGAUAUCGCGCGGGUUUCGGGGGCGGUGGAGGAUGAGGAGCACGAUGGACAGGGGCAGAGUGGGGAAGGUGAAGAGCACGAGGAUGAACAGGAAGCCGAGGGAGCAGCACAGCAGCAAGGAGAGACGGAGAGUUGAUAGGAUA